UUCAGCUGGUUUCGCAAGUGACUCGAGCUACCUACCUCCCCCCUCCUCCCCCUCUCCCUCCUCGCUGGUCGGCACUACUACUACCCAUCAAUUCUAAUCCGCACCGCGGCUGCAGACAUGUCGGGCAGCGCCGGCGGCGGGCGGCGGGGCUGGAGCCCGUUCGACGCGAUCCGCAGCUUCCCUUCGAACCCGGAGUCCCUCAUGUCCCAGAUCGACGCCGCCAUCGCCUCCACGGAGUACGCCCGCGCCUGCGCCCUCCUCGACCCCGCCCCCGCCUCCACCUCCUCGCGGCCUCCGCGCGGCAAGGGAGAGGACGGGGAGGAGCGGGAGGGGGCGUCGUCCGCGGCGCGGGUUCCUUCUUCCCCCGCCGCCGCCUGCCACGACGCGCGGGUCGCGGACGAGGCGUACCGCGCGGCGUGCGCGGCGCUCGGGGCCGGGCGGCCGGACGCGGCCGUGCGGUCGCUGCGGGCGGCGCUGGCCAGCUGCCCGCCGGAGAACGCCGCGGCGGUCGCCAAGGUGAGGUCGAUGCUGGCCAUCGCGUCCGCGCAGCUGCACAGGCAGCAGCACCAGGCUCAGCAGCAGAGCGGCAGGAAAUGAGAUGAUAGGUAGUACUCGCCUGUUCAUCUCAGCAGGAUUGGUUUCUGCUCAAAUUCGAUCCACAUGUUAGUAGUAGUGCCGACCAGCCUUGGGAGAUACUCCCUAACUGGUUUCCUCAAAUUCAGCCUUGGGAGAUACUCAUUAGUAGUAAACCAUAGGUGAGUGGAGUUAUGGUGCAGAAAAUAUAAAUGUUCAGACGCCGCUUUGUAAGUUUUAUUGCCGUAAUUGCUGUCUUCGGAGGCAGGAAUUUUGCAGCUCAA